GGAUAUUACAGCAUGCCAACAAUUGGAAACAUUGAUAUAGUGUUUCUCGGCACAGCUAGCGCCCAGCCAAGUCCAACCCGAAACCACUCGAGCCUCGCACUGCGAUUCGACGGGCGUAUCUGGCUAUUUGAUGCAGGCGAAGGAACACAGCACCAAAUCAUCCAAUCCGAUCUAAAAGCAGGAAAAGUGGAAAAGAUUUUCGUAACACACCUGCAUGGAGACCAUUGCUUUGGUAUUCCGGGUCUGUUGUGCACUCUUUCCCAGGCUGCUGGGGGGUGGUGUCCUGGUGAAGACAAGGACAUGAAAUUCGAGAUUUUUGGGCCAAAGGGGACAAGAGAGUAUAUAAGGAAUGCUUUAAAGUCUACCUAUUCUAGAUUGGGAUGCAGGUAUACAGUACACGAGCUUCACUUUCCGGACGACCAAUCCACUCCUCCCAGCGAAACUUUGCACAAUGAUGAGAUUGCAGGACGGGAUAUACAACUAACUUCUGGUAGCAACGCAGCGCAUCCCAACGAGAGCCACUGGUCCGUUCUCCAUGAUCCCGAAACUGAUAUGACCGUAACGGCCGCGCCGAUUGCACACACCGUACCGUGCAUCGGCUACGUUAUCCAAGAGCCUCCACACCCUGGAAACAUUAACAUUAGCACCCUGCAACCCCAUCUUGAGCGCAACCGAAAGGCGUUAGCAGAGCAAGGAAUUAAAAACCCGUCCAUCCUAAUCGGCAAGCUCAUGUCUCAACAAUCUUUAACCCUACCAGACGGGACAAACCUCCUUCUGAAAGAGCACCUCACACCUCCCACUCCCGGUCGCAAAAUAACCAUUCUGGGCGACACAAACGACCCGUCUCCGAUUAUUCAUCUUGCAAUAGAUUCUGAUCUCCUUAUACACGAAGCCACCAACGCCUGCCUCAAGGCUGACCUCGCAAGCGGACAAACUCCCUCCUCAGUCCAAGAAUCCACGAUAUCCCACGGCCAUUCCACCCCUGAGAUGGCCGGUGCUUUUGCGCGUCUGGUUGGGGCUCGGAAAUUGGUUCUGAACCAUUUCUCGAGUCGUUACAAGGGGGACCUUUCUGAAGAGAGUUUGCAGAUUAUGGAAGAGAUACGAGCUUUGGCUGUUGGAACGUUUAUGAACGAGGAUGUCAUUUGCGCAAGGGAUUUUUUGAGUGUGGAAAUUGUGAGAAGAAGAGCCGAUGGAGGAUGAUUUUAAAAUUCCUGCUUUCCAUGGAGUCAGUAUCGUUCAAGAACCUGACGUUACUCCCAGGGAUGGACUUUUGUACCGUCGCGGUACAGUACACAGAUCAUAGAUGAACGACCUGUGUUCAAUUGGCACUCUAUGUACAUGAUAGAAAAGCAAUGGUAAAAUUUAGCUAUCGUUACUUUCCUCUUCAUCUUCCUCUUUCGUUUCGUCUCUCCCAAUCUCUUUUGAAUAUAGUCGCCUCCCGCCCAUCUCCAGCAUA